AUGUGUACCGAAAAGUGUAUCAGAAUUUGCGGAGUCCAUUUCCCCAGGAACUUCAGAAAUGCCACUUUUGAAAAGAAUGGCUCCAUUUGGGUCGACCACGAAACCGCAGUGAUUGACCUUCCUUGGGAUGCAGCGGAGUUCGAUUACUUCAACUACCUCAGGGAAAAGUGUACCUGGAACCCUGUGCACCAAGCCCAGGAGUUUUAUAAGUACAGAUUGCUGCAAUUCAAGCGCUACAACUGGAAGAGGGCUCAGAAGGAAAGCCUUGUGAAGGAGCAUAUGAAGAGAGACAAGACUCCAGCUCCUGAGCUCAAGCCAGUCAUCCUGGAGACCGUUGAGCCGGUUCCAGAAGUUUCUGAGAAGAGGCCAAUUUCUGAAGCCUCCGUGGCUUCCAAUGUGGGUACUUCGAAGGCCUCGAAGGUCAUGAAAAUUACUAUUUGCAAACCAAGGACCACUUCCCCCAAGAAGGCUUCUAACAGCAAAAACGUUUCUGCACCUUCCCCCAAGAAGUCUCCAAACCAAAAGGUCUCUGUGUCUUCUCCCACAGAAAAACCUUCCCCAAUUUCCCAGAGUUUCCUUGUCGAGACUCUGAAGACCGUUCCAGUUUCCACAAAUGCGAAGGAAGCUGGAACCAAGGAGGAUUCCGAGUGUCCUCCACCUUCCCAAACCUGGGUUUCCAAGGCUGCGAAGCAAGAGGAAAAGGCAGCUAGAAAGGCAGCCAAGCAGGCAGAAAAGGCCGCAAAGCAGGCCGAGAAGAAGGCAGAGAAGAAGGCAGAAAAGGAAGCUGCAAUGGUAGCUGACCAAGCUGCAAUGGCUGCUGAACAAGCUGCAAAGGAAGAAGCUGCAAAAGAAGAAGCUACAAAGGAAGAAGCUGCAAAGGAAGCCGAACAAAACCUUGUAAAGGAAGCCGAGCAAAAGCUUGCAGAAGAAGCUUCAAAGCUUGCAGAAGAAGCCUCAAAGCUUGCAGAACAGGCUGCAAAGAAAGCUGAGAAGAAGCUUGCAGAACAGGCUGCCAAGGAAGCUAAAGAGGCUGCAAAGGAGCAAUUGAGAUUGUCCAAGAUUCACUUGCCUCCUACCCCCAAGCAGUUCAGACGCCGUUACUGGAACGUCAAGGAGCUCGAGGUCCGUGGCCACUACUUGCCCAACUACAGUAACGAAUUCUCUACCAUGCUUAUCCAGGUGGAUGACGAUGAGUCGGACCGCCUAGAGGAUGAUGGAGAGGAUGUGUUUGAGUUCCUGGAGAACGUGGAAAUCUUGAAACCCAUUCACAAGGCUCCAGAGCAUGUUUCAGAGCCUGAGCCUGAGCAAGUUUCAGAACCUGAGCAAGUUUCAGAACCUGAGCAUGUUCCAGAGCCUAAGCAGCCAGAGCAGCCUGAGCAGUCUGAAGAGAAGGUUAUGGUACCUGAAACCGAGGUGGCAGAACCUGAAACCGUGGUUUUGGAACUUGAAACCAAGCAGCCUGAAUCCCAACUGCUGAAGCCCAAGAACACCAGUGUCUAUUGGCUCGGCGACUUCCCAUGCUUCAUGCUGACCUUGGCCCAAAAGCAGUAUGUCACCUACCUUCCAAGAGACUUUUUUAAGGCUCUGGAGGUAUUCUACCCAAAGGAGAAUGUCUCCUUUUUACCUGGUGACUUUUCUGGCUUUAAAGCUCUCACAUCCAAGAAUCUGUCGGAAUACUUCCCCACCGACUCUUUCGCUUUGUGGAAUGAACCAGCCGUCAGAGCCUCGAGGCCCGUGUGGGAACACACCAAAUCCAAGAAACAUUUUUCCGGUUUUUUGUUGAUGUUACCCAUGCUAAUGAAGCUUAUGUUUGCUCCAUUGUGCUGA